AUGGCACCAGAGCCGUGGUGGCUACAAACUCAGCCCCCAGAGGUGGACCCCGACCGCCUUUCUGAUCCUUCCCUCCCAAAACCCGACACCGUUCAGCUCGAUUCGCUUUUUUGGGCAGAGAGCAUCCAGCUGCUGCGUCUCGGCGGGCUCCGCGCCCACGAGUCCCAGAUUCUGCAAGAGGUCGAGCCGUACACGCCGCGCCUGCCUAAAGGGCUUUCGGGGUACGGGAGCGAGGAUUCUAGCGAGAACGAGGAGGACACGAGCAGCGACGACAAAGAUGAUUAUAGCAUCGACGACGAACAAGGCGGGACCUCCUUGUUUCCCAUCCACAAGAUGCCAACCGCCAAGCCACGUCCGUGGAUGGAACGGGACUUCGUGGAAGUAGACGAGACCAAAUGGUUCAAACUCUUCCGGAGGGAAAGGUGGGCGAGCUAUUUGAAUCAGGAUCCUUUGCAGCUGUCGGUCGAUAUCAGCAACGACAAGGACUGGGCGAAGUUGAGCAGGGUCAUAGAGAUCGCGAACCGGAUCCUUAGCGAGGCUGUAAACCAGCAGUGGUGA